UAGCGAUUCGGUACAAGAUUGUAGUUAUCUGGAGGCUGCUCCCACAGAGUCAUGGCUGUUUCAGAACAAAACUUUCCUGCGAGAACUCCAGCUGGAUAAUAUUGCUAUGCUGUUGCCUUGUAGCCUCCAAACUCCCUCUUCCCUCAAGUGUGUACAACUUAUGGGAGCUUAUAAGCUUCAGUCAUUGCCACAGCUGCCUUCGUCUCUGCAAAAGCUGUGGAUCUCAAACUGCAACAAGUUGUUGAAGGAGCGGUGCCGGGAGAACGAAGGUGCUGAUUGGUCCCAUAUUCAACACAUCUCUGACUUUAAAAUCAGCUUAGAUGAUGAUUCCGAUGAAGAUUUUUGAUGAUAAGGACGCAAUCUCUCAUUUUGGUUUUUAAUGUAAACGCCAUCAAGUGGUGACCAAAAUUUUAAGACACCCAGCAACUUCCAUCAGUAAUGCAACACGUAUAGAGGGUGAAAACUUUUCCUCCGUCUCAUAUUGAAGGAGUUGGGAUGACCCAAGAACUGAAGACAGAAUUUGAAGACAUCAAAAGAUUGAGAUGCGAUUUUUUCUUGGAUGGAUUUGGAGGAUGGGAGGAUAAGAUAUGCAGGCAGAUGAUCGAUAAAAUGCUCAACCCAGACAAGUUUCAGAGAUUCACACUUGCAUCUCAAGAGAUGCAAGCACCACCUAAAGCAAUGCAGGAGGACUAAGGAGUUCUCUGCAACUCUCUGCAAUCGAAGUUUACAUCCUACUACCAAAAAGCAAAAGCAAAGAGUGUUUGAUACUCAUAAAAACAUGGUGGUGGUCGGAGACGUGAUUGUGAGCAAGAUCAUCGAGAAGUUGGUGGAGAUCGGGUUCGAGUAUGCAGCAGACCGGUAUUUUGCUCGGGAUACUCGGAUGAAAGUUGAGCUUGAGAGGCUCAACGAUGCUCUUCCUCGUGUCCAAGCUGUUGUGGAGAUGGCUGAGAGCGGGCAGCAAGAGAUCAAUGGAGCACUCAAGAAAUGGCUGUGGCAACUAAAAGAUGCUGUUUACGAGGCUGACAACGUACUUGAUGAGCUUGAUUACCUUAAGCUACAGAAACAAGCGGAGAUGAAGGCUGCAGGUGCCAAAGGACAUGAUCACAGUAGCAAAGACCACCAUCAUAGUACUAGUUUUCUUUCUAGCUCUAAAGGAAAAGUUGUCAAAUUAAGUAAAAGAGUCUUCAAAUCUGAUCCCACCCUCCAGAGACUGAGGGUGGCUCUCAAGAGGAUUGAUAAAAUCGCAGCAAGUGUAGGAAAUUUCUUCACUAUGCUACAAGAGUCCAACCAACUGCAGCAACAACAUCAAACUCAGAGCAAGGGUUCUAAUCGUGAAACUGGACCAAUUCUAACUGAGAAAAAAGUGUUCGGACGUAUCAAAGAGAGGGAGGAACUGUUACAGUGGUUGAUGAAGCCUGUUGCAGAGGAGGAUGAGAGCGUUACCAGUGUGUCUCUUUUCUCUAUUACUGGCCAUGGAGGAGUGGGAAAGACCACCCUCGCACAGCUCGUCUAUAAUGAUGAGAGCUUAGCUAAUUCUUUCAGUCGUAAAAUUUGGGUGUGUAUCUCCACUCCCUUUGAUGUCAAGAAGGUUUUGGCAGAUAUGAUUGAAUACGCUACGAGGAGGAAGCCUAAAAUUGUGGGACUUGGCACGCUCCAGGAAGCUCUUAAGGAAAUAGUGUCGUCCGGGAAAUUUCUCCUUGUCUUGGAUGAUGCGUGGAAUCAUGACAAUCGUUCUGAGUGGGAUAAAUUGUUUGCUCCUUUGAGGAGUGGGCAUAAAGGAAGCAAAAUCUUGUUAACUACUAGAACAGUGAGGGUUGCAGAAAUGGCAGCAUUGGCUUUAGGGGGAUCAAUGAAGGAAUCAAUGAAACUGAAACCUUUAGAUGAUGACAACUUCUUAUCACUUUUCAACCAGUAUGCAUUUGCUGGUGUAAACUUAUGUGAUUAUAGCAAGUUGGAAUCCAUUGGCGAGAAAAUAGCAAAAAGGCUUGGGGGCUUGCCGUUGGCUGCAAAAACGAUUGGUGCGCUAUUGAAUUCUAACUUGGAUGGCCAUCAUUGGACUAGAAUUUUGCAAUCGAAUAAUAUAUCUGAUGAAGCACAGCAGGGGGAUGGUGUGAUGUCUGUUUUGAUGUUAAGCUACUACCAUUUACCAAUUCACUUAAGACCCUGUUUUGCUUAUUGCAGCAUUUUUCCUAAAGAUUAUGAUUUUGUCAAAGAUGAUCUAGUCUUCAUGUGGAUGGCUCUUGGCUUCAUUCAAAAAUCUCCUCAGAAUGCGACAGAGGCACUGGAGGAUAUAGGAAGACGCUAUUUUGAUGAUUUAGUGAAACUAUCAUUUCUCGAACCAAAUUACGAUAUUGUAUAUUUCGAAGAAGAAGAGAGAAAAUACAUCAUGCAUGAUCUUUUGCAUGAUUUGGCAGGCAAGGUAUCUCAUGACGAAUGUUUUACAUUUGUCGGAGAUAUGUCAAUUGACCAGAUCCCAAAUACGGUACGUCAUCUGUAUUUUGAAACUGACAAACUUGACCUUCUUCAAGAUGUGGACAAAUGGAGGAAUCUCCGCACGCUUGUGUUAAUUUUCAGAGGAUAUGUUAUUGAGCAUGCUAAUUCUUUUGAGGAGGUGUUUAAAUCCCUGGAAAGCAUUCGAGUGCUGAACCUAACUGUUGACGGCAUGAAAGUAUUGCCAGAUGCAACUGGUAACUUGAGGCAUCUGAGAUAUUUGUCAAUCCAUCAUGGUAUUUCUCGGUUGCCUAGCUCAUUUUGCAAGCUUUAUCACUUACAGGUGCUUGCUAGCAAAUAUUUUGGUACUCAUUCUAUUCUUGACUUGAAUAACCUUAUUAGUUUAAGACAGCUGAUACCAUGUUCCGAGUACUAUGAAAAAAUCGGUAGGAUUGGGACACUGACUUCACUUCAAAGGUUGUGUUUCCCUGCUAGUGCUUAUAAAAUUAGCGAACUGAAGGACCUGAGAGAGCUCCAAGAGCUGAAGAUUAAUGGCCUUGAGAAUGUAAAUCAUUGUGAGGAAGCUAGCAUGGUCGACUUGCAUGUUAAAAAUAACCUCCACAAGUUACACUUGGUGUGGUCAGAUGACGCUGAUGUGGCAGAUGAGUAUGAGCUGGUGCUUGAUAAGCUGCAGCCGCCUGGUAGCCUCAAGGAACUAACAAUUGAAGGAUGCCCAGGUGCCAGGUCUCCGAAAUGGAUGGGACCAAUUUCGUUGCGAAAUGUGGAGCACAUAGACCUUACAGUUAAUGCAGCAUGGGAGCACCUUCCUUCCCUCGGGAAGUUUCCAUAUCUCAAGUGUUUGAGAUUGACUGAACUAAGAGCUGUUAAGAAAAUUGAUUGUGAAGGAGGCUUUCAACAACUAAAGUACUUACAUAUCUCUGACUGUGAGCAAUGGGAAGAGUGGUCUGGAUUAGAAGCGGAGACGGUACCCUGGUGCCCUCACCUCCAAGAACUCAUCAUUGAGUAUUGUCCCAAACUGAAGACGUUGCCCCCCCUGCCCCUCGGUCUCCAAAAUUUGCUCUUGGAUGAAGUGGGAUUGUCUGAUUCUCCAACAUUCUGGGUGGGCAGCAAUUAUGGUGGUAGCAGCUGCAGCAGUACCAUUUCAUUGUUAUCCUCUCCCUCCCUCUCUGAUUUAACAAUUAGAAGUUGUGAAAACCUAACAUCCGUGGCUGGCUUGUUGCAACAUCAUCUUACAGCUCUACGGAGUUUGGUGAUAAAAUAUUGCGGAGAGCUUGUGGACUUGAAUGCAGAGGAAGGCUUUCGACAUCUGCUCUCCAUUGAAGAUAUUGCAAUUUCGGAUUGCCCUAAGCUGAAAAUGGCUCCAGGAACAGUUGCCCCAACUGAUUGUUUCCCUCUCUCAUCACUCCAAUUCCUUGAUUUUUCACAUUGUGGUGAACUGGACAGUCUCUUUCCUAUAUUAUUAAUGCAGGGUGCCCUUACAUCUCUUUCAUUCAUUUACCUACGUGGGGCAAACCAGAUAACCUCCUUUAGCUCUGAAGAGGCAUGUAGAAGAUUAACUUCACUGAGAUCAUUGCAUCUGGAAGGGUGUGGAUGUCUCACAUCAAUUGAGGGUUUAAAGGCUCUUACCCAUCUCCAUUCACUAAUUAUUAUCAAGUGUCCCAAGCUUGUGCAAGCAGCUGCAGCAGAAAAUUCAUCAUCACUUACAAGGGAGGAGGAGUUCACAUUAAGCGUUGACAGACUUGAUAUUGAUGACCCCUUGCUGCUCCACAUAGAGCCAUUGAGAAAACUCAGCUCUGUCAGAGCAGUGACCGUAGAAGAUUGUAGUCAUCUACAGGCUGCUCACGCAGAGUCAUGGUUGUUGCAGAACACUUCUCUGGGAAGUCUCCAUCUGGUGAAUAUUGUGAACUUCUUGCCUUCUAUCCUCCAAACUCUCUCUUCCCUCAAGUCUUUAACACUUACUGGAACCUAUGAGCUUCAAUCAUUGCCACAACUUCCUUCUUCAAUCACUGUCACAACUUCCUUUGUCUCUGCAAAGUCUGUGGAUUUUGGUCAGCAAUGAGACACUGAAGGAGCGAUGCCGGGAUAAUGAAGGUGCCGAUUGGUCCAACAUCCAACACAUCUCUCUCAUUGAAAUUGAUAGCGAUUAGGGAUAUUCUUCGGUAGAAAACAUUGAAUGACAGAGUUGGAGCAGUUGCGAAUGUCAAAGUCUUGGUCAGUAUUGGGAAAAAGGAAAUAAGAAAUCUACUAUAUUUAGGCCAUAAAUUCUGCAUAUUACUGGACGGAUUUACCUAUCACGAGAUUAUGCAAGAUUCACAAUUUGAGACCACCUGAGUUCCUGACUAGAAUAUGUAAGAUUCAAGUUGAACUGAAACUGUAAGCGAUUGUCUCAAAGAAGAUUCACAACGUGGGACCACCAUGAGUAAGGAGACAAAUAACUUUGUCGGUUUUGUUGCAAGAUUCACAAUUUGAGAGCAUCUGAGUUCCUGACUAGAAUAUGUAACAUUCAAAUUGAACUGAAACUGUAAGCGAUCGCCUCAAAGAAGAUUCACAACGUGGGACCACCAUGAGUAAGAAGAUAAAUAACUUUGUCAGUUCCGUUGCAAGAUUCACAAUUUGAGACCACCUGAGUUCCUGACAGAAUGUGUUAAGAUUCAAGUUGACCUGAAACUGUAAGCAAUCGUCUCAAAGAAGAUUCACAACGUGGGACCAAGCAGACAAGACCAUUGUUGUGGUGCUUCUUCAAACUUAAGGAUUUGAUUAAAAUUCUGGUCUCCUCAGGUUUGAGGUGCUGAUUGGUUUGUUCGCUGUUCUUCGAUUACUUUUAACUAUGAAAUAGAAGUACUUUUGACAUCUA